AUGACCGACCAAGAUGCCAGCCCAUCAUCCAACCUUCGUCCCCGCCGAGCAACCAAGCAACCCGACCUCCUCGUUCCCGACCGCCACGACUAUGCCUCGACAGCCGUCUCUGCCCAGAACCACCAGGUCACUACGAAUCUGCCCGACGUCUCUGUGACUUCCUCGAAUCAUAACGAUGACCACGGCGACAACUACGAUGACGCCAGUAUACCGCCCGAUCAGCGACUCCCCCGUUCCGAUCACCCUCGUACCGAUGACCGAAAUUUCUCCAGAGGCGCCCUUCGCCCUUAUAAGCACAGGACGAAUGGCGCCUUUCUCCUUUCCGAUCCCGUCUUCGACGCGCACCCUCCGAAUACCCAGCUACAGUUACCCAGGAGGCAGAGCUUGUUAGAGCCUAGUAGGAAUAGGAUCACUAAACAUGGCUUCGACAGGUUGCCUGGCCGGAACAAGCGUACCGGUCCCUCAAAUGAGAUAGGCUUGGGGCUUGUUCAACGCUCGGGGUCGACAACUGAGCCAUCUGUUCGCCAAGCACCCUCCUUCAACGGCAGCGCUGUCACGUCCAACCGUGGCUCUCUGGCAGGUGAAACGGUCAUUGGGGCGAAUCCGUCCCCACGAACAAGCAUGGCGCCCCUGGAUAUGGAGUCGGCCCAGAUUGUCAAUAUGGCUCUUAACUUGAGCGAAUCGAGGAGGAUAGCGUCGCGAAGGAUCGUCUCUCAGCCAGUACCUCCAAGACUGGGGCCAGUACCGGAAAACGGUACAGGAGGAAGUCUUCGACAACACCUGCAGCAGCAAAGAAGAGUUUCGCGGAAUAUGUCACCUAGACCGGACCACUCACCACGCCUCGCAUCCGCAAGGUCGCUACAAGCUCCAGCCGAUCUGGAACCGUAUCAAUACCACUUUUCCCAGUCGACCUUGGCAAGAGCGCAAAAAGCAAAGGAAUACUUGGGGUUGAUGGCACAAUACAGACGGAUACUAGAACUCCUACCCCCAUUAAAGGCCGACCGAUCAGGAACAUCCUCCAUCGUUAGCCCUCCACUGACGCCUAAUGGUUCUAACUUCCCCUCUGGAGUGCUGACCAAUGACGCCGAAACAAUAAUUGGCCGAAACUAUAAUCCGCUACAGUAUAUUCGCAACAGAAAAAUUCGGGCUCGUGAGAAAAAGACUCUGGAUGGCGAGGGUCAGGGCUUCAAUGAUGUUGAUAGGGUUUCCGAAUGGGUUGACGAAGUAGCCAAAUGGAUCGCCAAGGGUCAGGACCGAGUGCCGGGAAAUCCAUCGAUACCCCCAUUCUCACCGGCUCGUGUUCUCUCCCAGGAGAAUUCUCCUCAGUCCCUCGGCUCUAGGCCGACAACAGUAAUGCCUAAAUUGAAACGGCCACGAGUUGACUGGGCCGUAGAUCCGGCGGAUAUGAUCGCAGACAUCUACUGGCUUGAACAGGACGACAAUAAGUUCCUGCUGGAGGAUCGGAAUUGGAAGCGCCUCUUUCCGCAAGGUGGUGCUGAAAUCUACCGUUCGCUCUCAAGAGAUGAUACUCCAGGCUCAAGCAAAAUAUUUUCCAACUCCAACAGUCUCACGACUCUAGACAAGACCCGCACGGAACAACCGCCCCAGGUUGUGGAACAAAAGCCGGCGCAAAAGGCACAUCACGAGCAACCACACGGCUUUAGUGCAAGUCGAGCUCGGGACAAAGCGCAACAGAAACUUCGGGCACUCAAGGGAUCCCACCAGCGAGCCAACAGCUCCAUUUACAAUCGCGACAUUCUUCGAAUCCAUAGAGGCUCGUUUUCAGAGUCGUCUGAUACGGACAGCGAUCGGAAGCGGCGAGGCAGACAUGGGACCAUCUCCAGUAGUGGUAAGGACAUACUGGCAAGGCAGAUGGAAGACAUGAUCGCUCAGGAGCAGAGAGAUGUCGAAUCGCAUCCUCUCUAUGACCAGGACACGCAGCGGUUGAAGCUCCCAGAUGCUGGAGUGGGAAUAUCCGAGAAAGAUUGGGACAAAACGCAGAUUACACCGACGCCUGGCCGCGCUGACAACGUUGAUGGCCGCAGGCCGGCAUCGCGCUUUGAACCGGCUGACCUGGAGGACUCUUACUUCAAGCUUCAAACCAAGCCAGCGCCGGCACAGGUUCUUGCUGGACGGACUGGCAUUGGGUCAUUGAACGGUGAUAGGCGGUUUUCAACGGAUUACGAUACAUCACCACCAUAUUCGCCCGACUUGCGGCCAAUGCAUGACGCACUAGUUCCUGGACAGGGCAUGGACGUUUCGCCAAGGUCAACGAGACCAAGCUCACCGAUGGCGAGCUCACCGAGCAGAAACCCCCUGAGAAAAGUUAGGAGCAUAUUUCGAGAUCGCAGUAGCGAGCGGUUGGCUGAGCUUCCAUCACAUAACGGAAGAGAGGACAACCCUGAAUCAGUACAGUGUCUGUCGGAUCGGCAACCGGUAGAAUCCCCAGCAACUUUGAGCCCCGGAACUGGCAUGCUUCUGCCUCCCGAGCGCAAGGGCUCCCGCAGUCCUCUUCGCAAAAUAGUGACAAAAGGAACCGACUCUAGCCAAAAGUCGAGUAAGAGUACUGGGAACCACAAACUUCGGGAGGACGGUAGCAGUAGCCUGAAAGGGCUAUUCCGGGGCCAACGCAUCGAUAGUGUCUUGCGUAGCGGUGUCUCCAAGGUCAGCGAUAUGUUCUGGCGGAAAGAGACUGCCCCAGGCCCCUUGGACGAGUAUGGUUCUUCAGAUGAUUCCGAUGCGGAGAGUAGAGGCAGGUCCAGGUCCUUACCCAGCUCGCCACCACGGAAGGUUGGUCGUAGUCCGUCCAACCACGGCAAGGCGAACGGGGAGAGGAGUUACCUGGAUGUCAUGCCACAGUUCAUACCCGCCGCGGAAAAGCAUCAUAGCAAGUCCAAGUCCAUUGGCGGCUCGAUCGAACAACAGACCGGUUUGCUUAACGCUAGUCCCCCUUCGCGACCGCUCAGUCGUCGGUCCUCCCGCUUCGAGCUUCUGAAACCGCCCAAGAUCGACGUUCAGAAUGCAUCGCCGACAUCAACACCAGGUCUACGCCCACCCAGGAUCACUGGUUCAAAUCCAUGGGGGACUUCCGACGUAUCUGACGUGGAAGGCUCGCGGAAGAGCAGCGUCAAUACAGAUGUCGGUGGUGUGCGGGAUGUUGACGUUCGUUUAAACGCCAUGCUAUCCAUGGUCAAAGACCGUCAGCUCUCCAACGCCUCUUCAGCAGGACGCUGGUCCAUAGGUGAAAGAGGGGAGAGCGUUACGCCCGUUCCUCCUCAAACCAUCGUCUCCAAACGAGAGAUUGCCCGAUUACGGGCUCUCUUGAUGAGCUCCGGCAUUCACGCAAUGGAAAUCGACAGGCGCGCUAAAGCCCGCAAGCUCCUGAACUCCUCUUCCAGCAAGCCCGAGGACGAAAACGCCAGCACAACGGCGGAACCGAACAACUCCCGUCUCUCCUGGCCAGACAUAGUCGCCCUCUCCCCCGACCCUUCCACCCAUCACCACCUCCUCACCCAGCCUAUCGCCCAAACCGACCUCUUCCCCCUAGCCGCCAACAUCUUGUCGUCAUCCAUCCAAAACUCCGCAACAGCCUUCCAUUCCUCCGUCGUCGUCUUCCAAACCCAAACCGCGCCUUGCUUGACCAACCGCGUCGAAGCGCUGCGGGCCAGACUCAACGGCGAGCUGACGGAGAUGACGAGGCGCGCGGCCGAGGAGGCAGAUGAUGCUGGGGGCGAUCUGAUGACGCACCAGCGGCUGAAGGUGAAAAGGGUAGUGGACAUGAUUGAUCGGAUGGUGAGGAGACGGAGGAGGCGCUUUAGGUGGGUGCGGAGGGCUGGGUGGUUGGCGGUUGAGUGGGUGCUGGUUGGGUUUAUGUGGUACGUGUGGUUUGUGGUGAUGAUUGCGAGGGUGUUCUUGGGGGUGGGCAGGGGGGUCGUGGGCGUGGGGAGGUGGUUGUUGUGGUUGUAG